AUGGCGUCCCCCGAUGUGUUCCUAUCAUCCCCUGCUCGUGAGCGAAGACGCCUUUACGAUACAAUGUCCUCGUCGCCAGGCCUGCCUUCCAUACAGGAGCUGGCUUCGCAGAAGCCGAGACGCCCGCCUCUACGCAGUGGCAGCAAAGCUGCCCCCAUCCCGGACGAUGCGCCGACGACUUUCACCAGCGCCGGCAGCCUGUGGAAGUCUUUGCAGCAGGCAGAUGCAGCGGCCAAGUCGACCCCUGCGGCAAGGGCCCCUACGCCGGAAGAGGUUGAAGACGUCGACACAGCUGUCGCAACCCGAAAGGCGUCAAAGGCAGCGCCAAAGCCCAGGAAACCCCGGCGACAGAAAGAGCCAAAGCCAAUUGUGGUUGUUAGUGAGGCGGCUCAAUCUAGGGGGCCUGAGUCACCAAGCAAGGACCAACCAUGGAGAAAAUACAAAUCUCCGUCGAAGGAACGAGCCAGCUCGCCGAUUAUUGAGCUGCCGAAGCCGGGCAGUGACACAGCACCAUGUCAAGACGCGGGCAGUAAGACUAGCCCCUUCUUUGUUGGUCACGAAAGUCCCGAGGCCGUCAAGCCAGCGCCAGUCGUCGAAGUGGAGGAUAAACUCCCCGAGGUCAUGCAGGGUCAAGAGGGGAUCGGAGCGGUAGGGCCAAACGACGAUGUGCAAAGUGGUGCGAAGACCAAGACGAAGGCCAAGACGAAAUCGAAGGCGAAGGCGAAAUCGAAAACGAAGGCGAAAGCUGUCUGCCGGAAAGCCGAUGACGAACCUUUGCAGCUUGAGCAAGCAAUGGGUCGCCGCUUGGACUGGACGCCACCAGCCAAGAAGACCCAAAUUAUUUUGGAUUCCGAUUCCCCUUCUACAGAACGGGCCGAUCAUAAUCCACCACAGUCUGGUGAAGCCUCGAAAGACCAGUCUUUUGGCAGUUUGCUUGCGACGUUCAAAUGCGAGGAAAUGGCACAGCAAUCGGUAAACUCAACAUCGGAGGAGGAAUCGACCUUUCUCAAGAAACGGAAGCUGCUCGAAUUCGUCUCGGCGCCAGCACAGGCCGCUUCUGAGCCUGAGUUGGCGAUCGUAUCGCCGGUCAAGCAGAAAGCUCCCAAGAAAAAGCCACGAACGAUCACGGCGCUGGCAACUGCUGCGUAUCGGCCACUUACUCAACCCGAGCCGCCGUCCGCCGUGGAAGCUAAAGCCCACAGCGAGCCGCCCAAGCCCAAUGAUACGAAGGGCAAGGCAGCGGCAAAGCCGCGCAAGCGAGCGCCAAAGCCUUCCAAGAAAAAGGCCCCGCCUCCGAAGCCCAUCCUUCUGUCGCCAGGGACAGCCUUGAAACAGGUUGCCGGCCAGGACUUUGUGUUCGGAACAUCAAGUCAGCUAGCAAGGGAGCAAUCGCCGUCGCUGCUGCGCGACCUGCAGAUUGCCAUGAAGAGCUCCAACCAGCUGGAUCACGCAGAUUUUGUUACGCCGUUGAACAGCGACGCCAUCGAGCCGGCAGAGAAACGGCUGUCCCUCUGGGAGGCGGCUGCACGGGACGCAGACGGCGAUCUUUUUGACGUUGAGGUUCUGAAUCUUGUCAAUGGCUCUCAACGAUUGCCAGGCGUUGCUAGGGAAGAAGAUCCUUUUGGAUAUAUCAAGGGCGACGAAGAGCCCGUCGAGUUGCCUCCACUACCGGCAGCGCCUACCGACAAUAAGACCAUGGACGAUGACUCGUUCCUCACACUAUCGGACAUAUUGCCGGCCCCUGCCAAGAAACCCGCUGAGAUUGUGGACAUUGCCCAACAAUCGUCGAGCAGUCAAUCUGAAGCAAAGGUGACCAGCAAACGAGGGCAGCCAACGCGCCACCAAGAGGGCAGCAUCGCCCAAGCUAUCCGUGAACCAACUUCCACGACGACGAGUGCUGGAGAGCCAGAGCAAGCUCUGUCAUACGAUCAUCUUAGCGAUGCACAGCUUGCUAAGCAGGUUGCGCAAUAUGGAUUCAAACCGAUCAAGAAGCGAGGAGCAAUGAUAGCCCUUUUGCAGCAAUGUUGGCGUCCGGGGGCACAAGGGCAGCCAGCUGGAACGAGGCUGGCCUCGACAACCUCGAAGAGCUCAUCCGGACGGCCUACAACGCCAACGGCAGGCGGCAGUGCCUCUGCCGUGGCGACCCCGGAGAAGCGCCCUCGCGGUCGUCCCCGAAAGACCAGCGUCACGGAGCAGCCGUUGCAUGAGCCACCGCCUUCGGCUCAGCCACACGCAACGCCAAAGAGAGGCCGAGGCCGACCCAGAAAGGAUUCUGUCAGCGGGCCUCCGGGUGUCUCCGUCGCAAAGGCGAAAGCGGGUCCUUCAACGCCGAAGCGGCCGUUGAGGAAGCCGGUGAUCGAGAUCCCCGACUCGGAAGGCGACGCGGGUGCUGAUUCAUCAGACACGCCGUGGUCAUCGCCUGACGCUACGUUUUCGCCUCCGCAACCGGUCGACCUCACCAUGUCCGUUGGCGAAGACACAGAAUUAACACUUACGAUCUCACCGACGGACCAGCAAACGGAGCUGUUCAUGUUCGUGACAAAAGCGGUGACGACGGCACCGAGGACGACCGACCCGGCGAACCCUUCGUGGCAUGAGAAGAUUCUGCUCUACGAUCCCAUCGUCAUCGAGGACCUGACGUCAUGGCUGAACUGCGGACAGCUGACGAGGGUGGGAUAUGACGGCGAGGUGAGCAGCGGCGAGAUCAAGGCGUGGUGCGAGUCGAAGAGCAUUUGCUGUCUGUGGAAGGUGAACCUGCGAGGCAAAGAGAGGAAGCGAUAUUAG